AUGGCGACGCCGACAGUUUUCAAGCGCGUGAAUCGCGCAGUGCUCCAAGCGGCCUCUGCCCCUUUGCGUAUCCUGCACUAUGCAUCUACCGACCCGCUGAUCACUGGUGCAGCUCUGUUUGCGCUUACUCAAGCACCUUCACGAUACCGCGUCCGUCUGCUUUCCGCGCUGCGCGCGAGAGGUGUCUCGUCUGAUCGCAUUGCUACACUUGUCAAUAUCUUGAAACUUCUCUUCGGUAUUGGUGUGCUUCGGAGGCUCAACCAGGUCCUCACUGCACUCGCGUUAAACAUGUGGCACUUGCGAAAGCCAGGAGCUCCCUUCCAGUUCGGCGCGGCUGGAAAGCCAGAAAUCAUUGUGGUUACAGGAGGAUGCAGUGGGUUCGGUUACGAGAUGGUGAAGGGCUUCAGCAAAUAUGCGAGAGUGAUCAUUCUCGAUAUCAGCCCGAUACCUCCUGAACUGGCAAAGAUCCCGGACGUGCAUUACUACCAGCUGGAUCUGUCGGAUUUCUCAGCUAUUGAAUCCACUGCGGAACAAAUUCGCCUGGACCACGGCAAUCCAAGUGUGCUCAUCAACAACGCUGGCAUUGCUACUGGCACACCCGUUAUCAGCAGUAGUGCCAAGCUAACGGAGAGGAUCUUCAAAGUGAAUAUCGCAUGCCACUUUAUUCUCAUCAAGGAAUUCCUGCCUGCUAUGCUGAAAGCAAAGAAGGGCCACAUUGUCACGAUCGCUUCCAUGGCUAGCUUCGUGACCGCUCCAGGUCUUGUUGACUAUUGCUGCACAAAAGUUGGGGCUUUGUAUCUAAACGAUGGGCUUCGCGCUGAACUGAAGCAUUUUUAUGAAAAUGGUGACUGCAUUCAAACAACUUCUGUGCACCCAAGUUGGCAUGAUACUGGUAUAGUCAAGCCAUAUGCACAUAUCCUGGAGAGGAAUGGCGUGAGAAUGGAUCCGGCAAGCAAUGUUAGUGACGCAGUCAUUGAGCAGGUUCUUGCCAGCAGAAGUGGUCGGAUCUUCAUGCCCAGAAGGGAAGAAGGAAACACAAGUAUCAGGAGUUGGCCUGUCUGGCUUCAAGAUGCACUUUUCUACACCCAGAGGAACAAGAGGAUUGUGGAAAACUGA